GACAGGAGUGUUGGAGCAGAACUGUUGUUUUUCAGUGGUGACCUGCUAAUCUGAUUGUAAAGUCUAGCAGGUGUGUGUGGGAUGUUUCUUUGUUUCAGGCUACGAUUCACUGAAGAGGUCUUCUUUUGACUGAUCUGAAAGUUUUGCUGCUGCUCUUCUUGACCACCAAGACAUGGUACUUUGGAUCAUCUUCCCCAUCACACUCUCUCUGGUGUCUCUAAUCGGAACAUGGACUGUGUAUGGCCUAGCGUUCUCCAGAAAUCAUGUAUGCUCCCUUACUGAUUGGUAUGAUGCGAAUGUCUGCAAUAAAACUCAGUCCCAUGGGUGCUGCAACAUUCCCACCAUAAGCACAAGUGGAGCCACACUACCAGAAAAUUCCCUUUUUUCAGCUGUAAUCAAUGCUGGAUCUUUCAUGUUUCUGCUCUUCUGUAUAUUUCAUCAUGCUCAUAUCAUGGAGAGACAUGCAUGCCACUCCCUGCUGAGCAUGACUGCACUGGUCUUUGGUGUGGUGGCAUCUCUGGGUGCAUUUGUAGCUGGGAACUGUAAUGUGGAGGUUCUGCUGCUUGCACACCAUCUAGGAGCUGCCGUCAGUUUCACAUGCAUCUGUUUCUACGUUGUCCUGCUCACCGAUCUGACCAGGAAGUGUGCGCUGACAGGGUUUGAGAAGUUCCUCUACCCACUCCGCGUCACCUCCUCUAUAGUACAAGUUCUCAUCACAGUUGGCUACUGUAUUUUCUUUGCACAGGACAAACUCUGGUACACUCACAUGUCUGCUGUGUUUGAGUGGCUGCUCAGCAGCAACCUGGAGCUAUUUGAGUUCAGCUACGUUGUGGAGUUUUACUAUUUCUCGUCAUUCAUGAUUUCAAAUGUCUUGAGCAAACGAGAGGAAGAAAAACCUUUGAUUAUGGCGAUGUCUUGAUGUGAAGCUCACUGGACAAACUGCGGUCAGUGGCUGGACCAUGACACCAGGACCAAUAGUGGAUUUACAUCACUCUCUGCUGGGAUGGAUUUCCACUGAUGGAUUAUGCAGCACACACUGUAUUCAACAGUUCUGUUCUGUCAUUGUGAUACAUAAUAUGUGUAAAAUGUGUGUUUUUCUUUUCAUUUGGCAUUUCUAGCAAUAAGCAUCACUGACCAUUUUUCUGUUCCUUAUGUCAAGACAUUUUAAGGGGACAGGAACUGAUGGUUUCACAUUGUAUUUAUUUAUUGAACAAAAAGAUUGUCUUUUGUCUUGGUUACAUAUUUUCUUAGUUUUUAACUGAACACUCGUUAAAUUCAUGGGCCUAAGAAUUUUUUUUUUUUUGGGGGGGGGGGGGGUGCAUCCCCACACACACUUUCUCAACUUAGUUAGUUAGUUAAAAAAUUUUAUUGAGCAAGUUAAAAACAUUUAUAUAUUGCGCACAUUCAUCUUUGAAAAUCCGUACAUUACUCAACUUAU